ACUACCCUCCACACAACACCAGCCUAGUGCCACACCGACAUGUGCCACACCAGCUGCUCCACAGGCUGCCAGGCUGCCUGCUGCAUGCCCAGCCCCUGCCAGGCAUCCUGCUGUGUGCCUGUGAGCUGCCAGCCCACUGUGUGCAUGCCCAUGAGCUGCAGACCCACUGUGUGUGUGCCCGUGAGCUACAAGCCUGCCGUGUGCAUGGCCCCCUCCUGCCAGUCCUCCGGGUGCUGCCAGCACUCCUGCCCCACCCUGCUCUUCAGACCCGUCUCCUGUAGCACCCCUUUCUGCUGCUGACCACGCAUCUCCUACCCAGCUGCUCCCAGUGCACAAGGGCCACACUUGCUCCCCUCUAAAAUGAAUCCUUGGUGGCCCUCCAGGUUCUGCACGUGGCCAAUGAAAACAUGCUCAACAAACCCUCUGAGCUUUUUGUGGAGAACAUGGCAGGAUGAUCUGGAUCCCUCCGUGACCUGCACAUCCCCUCAGCGAAGCCCUGGUCCUGAGGGUCCUGCUCUGUCCCCAUGGAAACCAUACCCCAUGGGAGCCAAAUAAAUCAUGCUUUC